CUGACAACAUAGUUAAAGCUCCCAUCGUGGCACGCCACACAGUAUGGUGCUGCACACUGGGAUUCAGCUACUGUAGGCAAAUACAGCAGAGGGAGAACAGAGAGGCCUCUGUGUGUGCGUGUGUAUGUGUGUGUGUGUGUGUGUGUGGGGGGGUCAGACUGCAACAGCAUCAUGGACACAGAAUAUUCUAAGAGAGUGUACCAAGGCGUUCGAGUCAAGCACACAGUCAAAGACCUGCUGGCCGAGAAGCGAUCCCGACAGACAAAUGGGCCCAGAUACAGCGGAGGAUCGACCUCUCCGCCUUCAUUUGUCCAGAUGCCAGGGUCUCACAUGCUGCCCAGCUACUACGGCAUGAGGCGUCCCUUCAUCUCAGAGUCAGACUUCUGCCAGUCCAGCAAGCAGUUCUCCCCUGACGUGUAUUCGCCCACACUGGGUGGCAAACCUCUGGGCUGCGAUCCCUCCACCAUGACCAGCUACCCCUCCUUCAUUGACAGCUACUACCCAGAGACCUUCGGAGAUUACCGCAGCGCUGCCGCCUUCUCCAGCUCUGGAGGAUCCUUCCUGCCCUCAUCGGCCCUCUCGUCCCUGCUGCCUCCAUUUGGUGGAGAGUCCUCGCAUUUAUUUCUGAGAGACUCAUGGGAGCAGUCAGUUCCAGAGCCAGUAUCCCAGGUGGAGGCUCUGUGCCCGGACAGCCUGGCCUCCGUCAGCGUCCCGCCCUCCAUGCCCAGCCCUGAACCCCCGGGGAGCCCCUCCCAGUACCGCUCCCCCAGCCGAGGCUCCUCCAUGGGCCCCGGCUCCAGCAGCCAGCCCUACAUCCUGCACUCCAUGGAGGAAGCCCACUACCACCCCUUAACCACCAGCAGCUCUUACCAGGUCCCCUCCACCUCCUUCCCCUGCCCUUCCUACAUGAGCACUCCCAUCAGCGACCUGGUGUCCAAGAUGGUGACAGAGGAGGAGGCCGACAGCCACACCAGCCUCGCCCCCAACAGCGAGGCUCACUCCUCCUGGGCCAAGGAAGAUGGAGUGAGCUCCUGGUCGCCCUAUGAGAUCAGGAGGGCUUACUGACUAGAGGACGGGCCUGAGGGUCAAUAUUUAUAAUAAGAUGGAAGUUUCACAGACAAUUAAAGUCAACCAGCACUUGACACGCCUCCCACAGACCUUAGUUAGCUGGAGCACCUUAACGCUACGUGCUGUGCUUGAGAUUAUGAAAAACUAGUUUGCAUAUGAGCUGAGAAGCAAAGAUACAUAGCUGCAAUAAUAGAUAAAUGGGUAUUUCGACAUUUCGUCCAGUUUCUUGUCAUCUAAGUGGAAGUGGGGAAGGCAAACUUGACCAAACCUACUGAAGAAAAGUAGCCCAGUCCAAACAUUCCAGGAUCACUGUCUUGUGUGUGACGUUUUUUUUUGCAACAGCAUCCACAGUGUAACAGAAUACAUGAUGUUAGUUAAAAUCCUGUUUAAUAUCAGUUCAGAUAGGAUGAAAUUAAACCUUUCUGCCCUUGGGAAUCCAAAGCUGGUAACACUUUACCUAAACCCCAUUUAAAAUAUCCAUAUAAACAACUAAUAAAAUAGUUUAUAACACACUAUUAAUCACUAUACUGUAGUUGUAAAUAGAUAUAAGGACUUUUUUCGGUGUUUCAUAAUGUUUUUGUUGACAACUUUGACUUAGAUAACAAAAAAAGACAGUAAAGCUGCCAUUCAAGAUCUUUAAAGCUCAAAAAAGAUAUAAGAACAAUCAGUAAGACCAAAAGGCUCCUUUAAUAAUUCCUCUCAUCAAAUUUGACAAACAAAUUUUAUAACUAUAAACUUUGUUCUUCUAAAAAAAUGUUUGAUGAAGUGAGUCUGCACUGUUCAAUGUAGUUAAAGGUCCAAUGUGUAGGAAUUUCUCCCAUCUAGCGUUGAGAUCAUAUAUCGCAAUCAACUCUCUCGCACCACGCAGUUCAAAGUACAUACUACUGCUACGGUAGCCUUCACGCUUCCAAAAGCCGGUCUUUUGCUGUUUUCAAUAUCCUUUUUCUUUUUCUGGGCGAAGAAGAAGACUCCUUUUCAUUUAAGUGAGGUCCACUUUUAUGACUCCAUAGUGUGUUGGAAAUCAUCUAAGAUGUUAAUGCAUCAUUUACUCAUGCGUUUUGGGGGUUAAUACAUAUUACUAUUAAAAUAUAUGUGUUAAGCAUUAAGUGAAAUUUAAAAUGAUUUAAAAUGUUGUGGUAAACUGUUGGUUUCUAUUUUUAUUUUUAAAUACAAUGUUUUACAAAAUUUAGACACUGGGUGGUGACAAUUUACAAUUACAACAAAUUACCUGUGUAUACAUUCAGCAGUAAGUUAAACUGUUUAAAAACCCAUUUAAAACUAGUGACGACAUACGAUUGUUUAUGAUAAUAUAUGUUAUAAGUUGUUAACUGUAUAAAUUAUACACUAGUUAUGAAUGCUUCAUGGGAGGAGUUAUAGAUGUCAACAAAGACAUUAUUAAACUAUUACAAAAAUCCUUAUAUCUGGUUAAACCUACACUAUAUAAGCCAUUUAAUGAUUGCUUAUUUAUAGCCUACUGUUUGUAAAUGCUAAAUUUGGGGGUUAAAAGAAAGUGUUAUCCAAAAGGCUUUUAGACACAACGGGGUUUUUUUGUACAUCAAGCUUUUUUAGUCAAGCAACUGAUAUUAACAUUAGUUCGGAUUCAUUUUCUGGAAAGUAACACUUUGUUAUGUCCAGCACAUGAGGAACUGUGAUUUUCAAUAAGCUCAAUGUUUUCAAAAAUGUUUUUGUAUCCCAUCUAAUAAAUGACAUGUCUUUGUUUAAAUUGAGAAACUCAUGCUCUUUUGGAGGGACUAUGUGUGCAAAUACUGGUGGAAUAUCGUCACACUGUAUAUCCUUGUAUGUGUGUGUGUGU